UCAACGCAUCGCUAGCUAGUCAGGUUUUUUUUGUUGGGUUUAAAAGUCACCAACCCUUCAAGAUGAGCGAACAACUCAAAUUUAUCGUUGAACAACUGAACAGGGAGCCUUUUAAGAAAAACUUAAAUCUCAUUACUUUUGAUUCUCUGGAGCCUAUGCAGUUACUGCAGACUUUAAAUGAUGUGCUGGCGGAAAUUGAUCCAAAGCAAGCCCUCGAUAUACGUGAGGAAAUCCCCGAACAGACAGCCAAGAGAAUGUUUACUCUUUUGGGGAUGCUGAAAUACAAACCGCCUGGAGGAAUAUCUGAAGUAAGCAGUUUUCGCCAGGGUUUGGUGGCAGGCAGUAAGCCUGUGGUGCACCCCAUCUUGCACUGGCUGUUACAGAGGAUUCCAGAGCUGAAGAAGAGAGCGUAUCUGGCCAGAUUCCUCUUCAAACUAGAGGUUCCUGCUGAGUUUCUCCAAGAUGAUAUCAUUGCUGAUACCUACCACCAGUAUGAGGAGCUGGUGGAGGGAUUCAAGAAUAUCCAUAAAGAGUGUGAACAGCUGAAGAGCUCAGGUUUCUCCACCGCUGACAUCCGGCGGGACAUUGUUGCAAUGGAGGAUGAGAAGGACCAACUUAUCAAAAGGGUGGAGCGUCUUAGAAAGAGGGUGGAAGCAGUGUCAAACCACCAGCGCAUGCUGGAACUGGCCAGACAGUUGAGAGUGGAAAAAGAAAGAGAAGAGUCUCUUGCUCAUCAGAAACAGGAGCAGAAAAACCAGCUCUUCCAGGCCGAGCAGAGACUGCAGAGAUCUCAUAUCCAGCUCAAAGACUUGCAGCAGGCAGCCGCAGACGAAAAGCCAGAGAGCCUCAUGAAGAGACUUGAGGAGGACAUCAAGUUCAACUCUUACAUGGUGUCUGAGAAGCUGCCCAGAGAGUUGGAGAACAUGAGAAAGGUGGUGCAGUACCUACAGAAGGUGGCAUCUGAGCCUGCAAUGGGACAAGCAGAGCUGAGGGAGCUGGAGGACAAGAUCAGAGAAAUCAACACAGAGAUCAACCAUCUGAUCGAAAAGAAGAUGAUGCGUAAUGACCCAAUGGAUGAUAAACUCUCUCUGUUCAGACAGCAGGCUGCUAUUAUAGUCCAUAAGAAGGAAACCAAGGUGGAGGAGUUGCAGGAGGCCCGUGAGGAGCUGGCAGCUGUGGAAAGAGAACUGAACAUGAAGAGCAGUCAGGCACAAGAACGGGGCGGAGCGGAGCUGAUCCGUGGAGAUGAGUUUAAGCGAUAUGUGGCCAAGAUGCGUGGCAAGAGCAGCACGUAUAAGAAAAAACGUCAGGAGAUUGCUGAGCUGAAGGCAGAGUACGGUGUUCUACAGAGGACUGAAGAGAUCCUGAGAGAACGACACACAGCUGGACAACAGCAGCUGCAAUCACUGGAGGCUCAGCGGGGGAUCUCAGGCUACAGUGAUACUCAGGAGGAGCUGGAGAGAGUCUCCGCUAUCAAGAGCGAGCUGGACGAGAUGAAGGGGCGAACGCUGGACGACAUGUCUGAAAUGGUAAAAAAGCUGAAUUCAGUGAUUGCAGAGAAGAAGUCUGCUCUAUCUCCACUGAUAAAGGAUCUGAGAGCUCUGAGACAGGAACAUGCGGAGCUCGCUCCAGAUUUUGAGCAAAAAAAGGGUCAGUAUGACACCUGUGCUGCAGGACUGGAGAGCAACAGAUCCAAACUGGAACAGGAAGUGAGGACACUCAGGGAAGAGACUGCACAGGAAGAAAGCCGAUAUCAUCACAUUAACUGCAUGAGAGAGAUUAUUGAGAGUCAAAUGCAGAGAGCUGCAGAGCAGAGUAAGAUCAAUCAGUCAAUGGACUUACAGGUGCGGAGGACGGCUCUCAGAGAGAAGUACAUUUCGAACACAGCUGAGCAGGAGUCGUUGGGCAAGGUUCUACGUCAGCAGGUGAAGCAGGUGCGAGAGAACCAGGAGCCCAAUAUGAGACAGAUGAAGAUGUGGAAGGACCUGGAGACGCUGUUGGAGUGCAAGAAGCAGUGCUACCUCAAGGCUCAGAGCCAGGCGCCUAUUGGACACGUCAUCCAGGAUGUUGGCAAGGAUAUGCUAGUUCUGUGAUACCAUUUCCCAUGUAAACGUUGUCUUUCUGGUCAUUAAUUUAUGAUUAAUAAUAAUAACAAUAUAUAUACAAUUGUUUGUAUACUAUGUAUGAUAAAACUGUAUAUUAAUACGCAUAUGUGCAUUCUAAAGUGAAAGAAAUCUGAGAGUUGUCUGAAUAAGAGUGUUCAAAGCUGACACACUAACUUCCAACAAGUCCCUAGUCUCGGUUUUGACACGUCUUUAAGAACAGAGCUCCAGUCUAUGUGUCCGAAGAUAACGCCUUACAAAGUGCUACACUUUGGAUGCGCUUGUGCUCCAAGUUAUUUUGGGAAACAACAGCCAUGACCUUGGCCAGAAGAGCUGUCCAAUUUAGGAAUUCAGUUAGAUCUCCGAAUGUUGCUCUGUCAUGGUAGUGCUAAAGUAGUAAACACUCAUUUGUCCCAUCAUCAUACAUUUAGUAAAAA